AUGAAUAAUAAUCAGCCAUCCGCGAGCGCAAAAUGGUUAUAUGAUAGUCCGGUAAAUUCUGAAGUAGAGGCAAAGCUAAGGCGUUUCUUGGUUGAGCUAGGAAAUGCUGAUCAUAAAAUACUUGGAAUCCAGGUUUGUGCAUACAAAGACGGUAAAGUGAUUAUCGAUACGGCCGCAGGAGUCUUGGGAAUAGAUGAUGAUGAUCCUCGGCCCGUUCAUCCUGAUAGCUUAUUUCCGGUUUUUUCUACGACUAAAGGCGUCACAGCGGGCUUGGUACACUGGCUGGUGGAUAAAGGGAAACUCAAGCUUGAUGACAAUGUAGCAAAUAUUUGGCCCGAGUUUGGUACUAAUGGAAAAGAUCAAAUCAAGGUUAAUCAUAUACUUAAUCAUACUGCUGGUCUGCACAAUGCACUCGCUGGCAUUUCCGUUGAUGAUUUUAGUUUAUUUUGUGAUUUUUCUGAAUGCAUAAAACGCAUUACUGCAUUCUCACCCGAGACUGAACCUGGUAAUGUACAAUCGUAUCAUUAUCUAUCAUUUGGUUGGCUAUGUGGUGGAAUCGUCGAGCAUGCUUCAGGAGAGAAGUUUCAAGAAAUUCUAGAGGAAGCUUUUGUUCGCCCGCUUAACGUUGAAGGCGAGUUUUAUAUAGGCAUUCCUUCUGGUGUGGAAUCUCGUCUAGCAACUCUUACAAUAGAUGAAGAUGAACUAAAUUUGAUGGCGAAACUAUUUACACCUGGCCUCUCUACCUUCAUGCCUUCCACAUUCACUUUCGGCAUAGCUUCCAACCUUAUUACUAUAUCCAACACCAUCAACGUUCGUCGUGCCAUACUACCGGCUGCCAAUGGACACUUUUCAGCCCGUGCAUUAGCUCGUUACUAUGCCACCCUCGUGGAUGGUGGCGUGGUCCCUCCUAGCCACUCCCCUUCCAAAAAAACUACUAACGGAAUUGACACGACUAAAAUCUUUAAUAACUCUAAAGAGAAAAUUCAUGAUGCUUUCUUGGGGCUUGGAGAUUAUAAAGAUUUAAUUGUGCCAAAUGGGAUGUUUGGUCUCGGGUUUAACAGGGUUAAUACAACUGACGGUUCAAUAAUUGGGUUUGGUCACGAGGGUUUUGGUGGAUCUACAGGAUACUGUGACAUUAGUAACAGAUUCGCGAUUUCUGUGACCGUAAACAAGUUAUCUAUGGGUGCUUUGACCGGGGAGAUUAUCUAUUUUAUUUGUUCGGAACUUGAUCUUCCUGUACCAAAAGGCUAUAAUGGAUCAAGGGGGGACAUCAAGAAACCAGUGAUCAACUAAAGUGGAUUUGAUCUUAACCUUUUAAUGAAUAAAGACGAACAAUUUAUCGAACAUGUA